AUGCUAGGCCCGCUUGUGGCCCUUUUGCUGCUGCAGGCGGCCUUAGGGGCUCCUGCUGCUGCAGCUCCGAGGUCACCUCGCGCCCCGGAUGUUCGCGAGGUUGCUGCUCGAGUUAUGGAGGGUUUGGAGCAGCGAACUGGGGCCUCGCCCACGCCUGAGGCAGUGCUGAAGCUGCUGCUGCACCUGCAGCAGCAGCAGCAGCAGCAGCAGCUGCAGCAGAUGGGCAUCGAGCCCAGCCGACUCACGGCGGAAAUAGCCGCUAUUGCCUUCGGCCUGCAGCAGCAGCAGCAGCAGCAGCAGCAGACCUCUGAAAUAGAAAGGCUUGCUGCUGCAGCAGCCACAGGGCUCAUCAGCAAAGGUCUUGCUGCUUCCCUCGGCAGCCAGCAGCUAGAUGACGUGCUGCAGCUGCUGCAGCAGCAAAUUAGCACAAGGGGGCUGGAUCUUGUGCAGCUCAGGGAGGCAAUUGUUAAGAAAAUUGACCAGUAUAACGAGCAGCAGCAGCAGCAGCAGCAGCAGCAAGAGUACCAGCAGAAGUACCAGCAGCAGCAGCAGCAGCAGCAGCAGGAGUACCAGCAAAAGGUCGGGAUUCAUGCGAAGACUUCAAGACCUACGACCUCAAAUGCAGCGUUUAGGCUGAAAACCCUGAAAAGGCAUUUAAAGGAAAAAGAAAGAUGGGGGUCUAAAGCAGCAGAGGCGCUGCAGAAGCAGCUGCGAGAGCAGCAGCAGCAAGAAGCAGCAGACAGCAAGUUGCUGCAGCAGCAGCUGCAGCAGUUCGACAAUGAAAUUGGAGACACGCAGCGGGCCAUGAAGGUACCAGCAAAAGUAUCAGCAGCAGCAGCAGCAGCAGCAGCAGGAGUACCAGCAAAAGUACCAGCAACCGCAGCAGCAGCAGCCGCAGGAGUACCAGCAAAAGUACCAGCAGCAGCAGCAGAAGUACCAGCAAAAGUACCAGCACCAGCAGCAGCAGCAGGAACAGGAGCAGGAGCCACAGCCUCAAGCGAAAGGCGCAGCAGCAAGCCUGAGCAGCAGCAGCAGCAGCAGCAACCUGAAGAGCAGCAGCACCAGGAGCCUGAACAGCAGUAUCAGUCUGAAGAGCAGCAGCAGCAGCAGAACGCUUCUGAAGGGCAGCAGCAACAGGAGACUGAACAACAGCAGCAGCAGGAGCCUGAACAGCAGCGGGAGGAACCUGAACAGCAGCAGCAGCAGCAACAGCAGGAGCCUAAACAGCAGCAGGGGGAGCCUGAGCAGCAGCAGCAGCAGCAAGAGCAGCAGGAGCAGCAGCAGCAGCAUCAGCAACAGCAGCACGAGCAGCAUCAAGAGCAGCAGGAGCGUAAGCAGCAGCAGCGGGAGGAGCAGCAGCAGUCUGAGCAGGAGAAGCCUGAGCAGCAGCGUAAACAGCAGCAGCCUCAAGAGCAGCAGCAGCAGCAGCAGCAGAAAACACCUGCAAUGCAUCAGAAGUAUGAAGACUCCGUUCAAAGAGCGGAACGGGCAGCAGCAGCUGCUGCUGCAAGCGCCGCUGCUGCUGCAGCAGCAGCAACGAGUGCUGCAGAAGCUGCCGCAGCAGCAGCACGGGCAACUGGCGCUCACUCUCAGCAUGCAGCCGCAGCAGCUGCUGCUGCAGCAGCUGCAGACGAGGCAUCUGCUGCAGCAAGGGAAGCAGCGGGAGCAGCAGCAGAGAUCCUGGCGAGUUCAGCAGCAGCAGAGGAGGGAGCAGCAGCAGCUGUAGCACCACGAAGUACAGCAGCAGCAGCAGCGCAGGGUGCAGCAAACACAGCAGUAGCACCAAAAGCAGCAGCACCAGCAGAAAACCCUCAUCCUGCUGCAGCAGCUGAAGGAGAGGCUCCAGCAGCACCAGCAGCAGCACAGCCAUCUCAAGGAGCAGCAGCUGCAGCACCAGCAGCAGCACCAGCAGCAGCACCAGCAGCACCCAAAGCCGCAGCAGCAGCACCAGCAGCAGCAGCACGGCCGCCAGCAGGAGCACCCGCCGCAGCAGCAAAGCGUGCACCCGCAGCAGCAGCACGGGCACCCGCAGUAGCAGCAGCACGGGCAGCAGCAGCUCCCGCAGUAGCAGCAGCAGCAGCAGGACGAUCCCCAGCCGCCGGCCCCGCAGCAAAGCCGGCAGCUGCUGCAGCAGCGGGCGCACGCGGCGGAGCAGCAGCAGCAGCCCACCCCGCAGCAGCUGCAGCGCCCCCAGCAGCAGCAGCAGCAGCAGCAGCAGCAGCAAACGGGAACUCGCACGACUGCCUGCGCUUCGGCAGCGACAGCGUGGGCAAAGACAUCCGGAAAAUAGAAGAUGGAUCUGUAGGAUCUGUUGCUGCUUGUGCUGCUGCUUGUGCUGCUGUGCUGCGCUGCAGCAGCUACACCUUCAACCUGCGCCGCAGCUGGUGCUACUUGAAGGAGACACAGGAGCCUGCAGCAGCAGCAGUAGCAGCAGCAGCAGUUUUCAAGCCGCAGCCUUCUUACGCGGAGCCUUUGGUCUCAGGUUUGAGGAGCUGCCAGCCUGCUGCAGCAGCAGCUACCAGGCGCCUGCAGCAGCAGCAGCAGCAGCAAGAGCAGCAGCGGGAGGCCCCUGAGGAGAACGCAGAGAACAGCGGUGUGCUCCCCUCAACUGAGGAAGAGCUGCUGCAGGGACUGCAGCAGCAGCAAACUGAAGUGCUGCAGCAGGGGGGCCCCCCGCGAAGCGCAGCAGCAGCCCCAUCGAGCAGCGAGGGCCCCCCCGAAGAGCCCCCAGCAGCAGCAGCAGCAGCAGCAGCAGCAGCAGCGGCCUCCAGUACGGCUGGGGGCCCCCAGGGUACUGGGGGGGGCCCCCCGGGGGCCCCGGAUGGGGGGGCCCCCUCCAAAGACUUCACCAACUUGUAG